AUGGUUGUCAGAGAACCAGAUGUCUGCCCACCAAUUGUCAGAGAACAAGAUGUCUGCCCACCAAUUGUCAGAGAACAAGAUGUCUGCCCACCAAUUGUCAGAGAACAAGAUGUCUGCCCACCAAUUGUCAGAGAACAAGAUGUCUGCCCACCAAUUGUCAGAGAACAAGAUGUCUGCCCACCAAUUGUCAGAGAACAAGAUGUCUGCCCACCAGUUGUCAGAGAACAAGAUGUCUGCCCACCAGUUGUCAAAGAACCAGAUGCGUGCCCACCAGUUGUCAGAGAACCAGACGUCUGCCCACCAGUUGUCAGAGAACCAGAUGUCUCCCCACCAGUUGUCAGAGAACCAGAUGUCUGCCCACCAGUUGUCAGAGAACCAGAUGCGUGCCCACCAGUUGUCAGAGAACCAGACGUCUGCCCACCAGUUGUCAGAGAACCAGACGUCUGCCCACCAGUUGUCAGAGAACCAGAUGUCUCCCCACCAGUUGUCAGAGAACCAGAUGUCUCCCCACCAGUUGUCAGAGAACCAGAUGUCUGCCCACCAGUUGUCAGAGAACAAGAUGUCUGCCCACCAGUUGUCAAAGAACCAGAUGCGUGCCCACCAGUUGUCAGAGAACCAGACGUCUGCCCACCAGUUGUCAGAGAACCAGACGUCUGCCCACCAGUUGUCAGAGAACCAGACGUCUGCCCACCAGUUGUCAGAGAACCAGACGUCUGCCCACCAGUUGUCAGAGAACCAGAUGUCUCCCCACCAGUUGUCAGAGAACCAGAUGUCUGCCCACCAGUUGUCAGAGAACCAGAUGUCUGCCCACCAGUUGUCAGAGAACCAGAUGUCUGCCCACCAGUUGUCAGAGAACCAUCGCCUAGGAAACACACAUCACUCCAUAACAAUGUUAUAGGAUGCGUUUUACACACACAACAAUAA